CUAGAAAUCUGCAAACACCCCCUUUUUUUGCUAUCUCCAUUAUAUCCUUUGAGUAUUUCUUGUAUUUCUUGUAUUUUUAUAUACUACCAUACACAGUCUGUGGUUGGACACUAGACCUGAAGGUUGGUGGUUAUUUAUUUUCUCCUGUGGUUCUAGAGUUUCCACAAUGAAGAUCCUGUUCUGUAUUAUGCUUGCCAUUGUCAUGGUAACUUCACAUGCUAAGAAAAUGAAAUCAAACAAAUAUUUCAAUCCAUUGUCUGAUGAGUUCAUCAGUCAUAUCAAUUCUAUGAAAUCAACGUGGAAGGCAGGACGUAAUUUUGACAAAAGCUUUCCUUUGGGGGCUCUUACCCAAAUGAUGGGUGUGCAUCCAGAUUCUAACUUAUACAUGCCUCCUGUGAAAAAUGUGAGUCAGCUUUACAGUAAUCAGGCUAUUCCAGAUUCAUUUGAUGCUCGAGAACAAUGGCCAAACUGCCCAACCAUUCAAGAAAUCCGUGAUCAAGGAUCUUGUGGAUCUUGUUGGGCCUUUGGGGCUGUAGAGGCCAUGUCAGAUCGGAUAUGCAUUCAUUCCAAGGGCAAGGUUAAUGCCCACAUUUCUGCUGAAAAUUUAGUUAGUUGCUGCUACACUUGUGGUUUUGGCUGCAAUGGGGGCUUUCCUGGAGCUGCUUGGAGCCAUUGGGUAAAGAAAGGCAUUGUUACUGGAGGCAAUUACAAUUCAAGCCAAGGAUGUCAGCCAUACAUAAUUCCUGCAUGUGAGCAUCACACAACUGGUGAUCGACCACCUUGCACGGAAGGAGGCGGUACCCCAAAAUGCCUUAAAACCUGCGUCGAAGGUUAUACAGUCGACUACUCACAAGACCUUCAUUAUGGUGCUUCUUCCUACUCGGUUCACAAACGCGUAGAAGAUAUACAGUUGGAGAUUAUGAAUAACGGACCUGUGGAAGGUGCUCUGACCGUCUACGAGGAUUUCCCUAUUUAUAAAUCAGGUGUUUACCAACAUUUGCAUGGAAAAGCACUCGGUGGUCACGCAAUCCGUAUUCUUGGUUGGGGUGUUGAAGAAGGUACUCCCUAUUGGCUUAUUGCCAACAGUUGGAAUAGUGACUGGGGUGAUAAUGGUUACAUCAAAAUCUUACGUGGUAAAGAUCACUGUGGCAUAGAAAGUCAAAUCACAGCUGGCUUGCCAAAACUCUGAAUUUCUUCGUCAAUUGUCGAUACUUUUAUGGGCUGAAUUCCCGUGGUGUUCUCUAGGAUCUUUGUUUCCAUGGCAUUCUUCCUUUUGUGUUCUAUUCAUUAAAUUGGACUUGAAUUAAACUUAGAAGUUUUGAACAAAAAUAAAUCCGUUUAGUUGAAA